AGCAGAGUCCCUUGAGCUUAGCCAGACCACACAGCUGGGCCCAGUACUAGCUGCCUUCUCUCUGACUAGGGGACCCCUGGGGCCCUGUCCUUAUUCCCCAAGAUCCUGGCAGCAGGUGCCUCUCUCUGUCCACAAUGAACGUCGUCCUCUCCAGGGACAGCCAGGUGAGGGCCAUGGAGAACACGGUGACAAAUGCUGAGAGGUAUUUCGGUCAGUUCUGCUCACUGCUAGCCUCCUACACGUGCAAGACGGCCCGGCUUCGUGACAAGGCUGACCAGCUGGUGAAGCAGCUGAUAGACUUUGCCAACACGGAGAACCCUGAGCUGCGGGCCACCAUUCGAGACUUCGCCGAGGACCUUGCCAAAGUGCAGGAUUAUCGGCAGGCAGAGGUUGAGAGGCUGGAGGCCAAGGUCAUCAGCCCUCUGAAGCUCUAUGGCGCCCAAAUAAAGCAGACCCGGGCAGAUAUAAAGAAAUGUAAACGUGUCCAAAAUAACGAGAUUAAACAACUGGAAAAGCUGGAGAAACUGAGGCAGAAGUCACCCUCAGAUCGACAAAUGAUCUCCCAGGCGGAGACCAGUGCACAGAGGGCCUCAGUGGACACCAACCGUUCUACCCACCAUCUAGUGGAGACUGUGGAUGCCUUCCAGGAACAGAAACUGAAGGACCUCCGGAGAAUCUUCUCUGACUUUGUGACCAUCGAGAUGGUUUUCCACGCGAAGGCGGUGGAGGUGUAUUCCAGCGCUUUCCAGACCUUGGAGAACUAUGACCUGGAGAAGGACCUGCAGGACUUCAGAGCCAAGACACGUGGAAUUUACGGGCAUGGUGAAGCUCGGCCGCUCACAGACACCAACCCCGCUCCAUCUGUCCCCUGGCCUCUGGCCAGCCAGAGUGCUCAGAGUACCAUGGCACGCCAGGGGAAGGAGGCUGGAGGUGAAGAGGACAGUGAGGUUGAUUCUGUGGAGGAGAUCCCCCUGGAGGACCUCAAGGGACAACAGCAAGGACUCCGAGACUAGGAAGAGGAUCCCAGUGGCAGGUGGAAGGCAUAGGCUGGCCUGGACCUUGGUGCAUUCUGCUUGUGUUCUCAGGGUCAGGGAUUCCCUGGGGUCUUGCUUUCUUUAUUGGCACAGCAGGCCGCUCUACAGGCCUAUACUCCUGGUGUCAGUAAAAGAUAUGUGAAUCUCAACUGCA